AUGAAGAGAAGGAUAGGCAGCGUAAACGCUCUGCACCAGCAGAGCACAUCAGUUCAGAUAAAGUUCACCAGAACGGAUCUACUGCGUGUACAGAUCCCUCAUGAAGAUCCUCUGGUUGUUAGUUUGACAAUGGCAGAGUGCCUAGUGCAAAGAGUUCUGAUUGAUCCAGGGAGCAGUGCGAAUGUCAUGCCAAGAAUAACGUUUGACUGGCUCGAGAUCAAGCCAGAAAAGCUCAAAACCACCGAAAAUCCACUGUUGGGGUUCGAUGGGAAACGGGUAGAGCCUAUCGGUAUGGUAGAAUUGCCAGUACAAGCUACUGAGAGAGUUCUGACAGAGAGCUUUGUGGUCGUUGAGAUCCAUUCGUCUUACGAGCUCUUGAUAGGAAGAGGAUGGAUUCACAAGGUCCAAGAUCUGUGCUCAGACUCGAUCACCCGUAGCUCUAGACUCGAAGGGUAUCAUAGUGUCCCAUUGACUCUGCAUCAGGUGAUGAGAUGCUUAAGGCCGGAUGGGAACAAGGUGAUUGACAUCCAUGGGGAUCAGUUCACAACCAAGGAAUGCUACUCUGUGAUAAUGAAAGCUGUUGGUAAGGGAAAAGCUCCAGCCUGA